UGCGAAUUGCUACAAGCCAAGCCCACCGCCAAAACAAAACAAACAAACAAAACAAACUUUCAAUUAAACGUGUCAGUAGGCCUAUGCUAAUGCCCUAAUGUAGUGUGUGGGGUUAUAUUAAAUGUAACCCUUGCCCUCUAAUUUAUCUGUUGAUGCAGGAGACCCGGCCAUAACUCAUUUCCUCUCUCUACUCUCCUCCCUAUGGAUAUUGGUUGCAAUCCAAUGGCGUGCGUACAUUUUAAUAUGAUCUGAAUGGCAUUGCAAUAGUCGCGGUGGCUGUCCGUGAGAGCAACAAACUUUUCCUGUCUUGACAGUGGGAUGACCCGCUGGGUCAGCCAAUCUUACGGCAUUUUGGAACCAUUGCGCAUGUUCCCUGGAUUCCUUGAUGGCGGUGUGGUGGAAUCGUGGGUUCAACUCAAAGCAGCACUCCCGUUAAAGUCUAGUGAAUCGUGCAGCCCCACAGCACACGUCAGAUUGAACGAAGGGCACCGAAAUUCGAAGAAUCGAAGAAGAGCGAGUGGAUAAAUCGUUUUCCUGUCGCUCCUCCUGAGCUAUAUCACAUGAGAGCUCCGCCGUGCCAACUCGCCGCUCCUUUUCUUCACUCCGGCAUUGCGGAGCUGGUGUAUGUGAGGGAUGAUGAUGGACCAGACUCUGGAGGCGCCGCCCCUGCUUCCUGAGGUGGGCUUCCCACACAUGCUCAGUUCGGACUGCAUGCAACAGAUGAUUCUGGUGCAGGUGAAUCCAGGGGAUGCUUUUACUAUACCCACAGAGGGAGGCCACAUCCAAUACAUUACAGGUCCUGCUCCUUUGCCUAUGCUUUCCCACAGUGGCUCAGUGGGCCCGAUCUACCUGCCUCCAGGCUACAUGCCUCCGGUCAUGGAGGAGAAUGGCAUGCGUAAGAUGAUGCUGCUGCCCCAUGCGUUGGAGUUCCACCCCUCCCUGCCUCCUCCUCCCCCACACCUGUCCCACUACCCCCCGCACCACCCCGCACUGUUGCCCCACCCGCACAUCUACCCGCCCGAGAUGCCCCCACACUACAUCCACCACAUGCACUCGCUGCCUAUCUACCCAGAGCAGGAGUUGAUGUGUCACAGCAUGGCGAUGCCUUCCCUGAAGGUUCAGGACCAACUGCACAGGCGUCUGAAGGAUCGCUCCCCACCGGUCGCUAAUGCCAACCCAAACACUAACGGGGUGCACCUCAGCACCCAUUCGCCACUGCCUAAAGGGGCGCCCCUCGCCCUGCACAACGGCCACGGCAAGCCCCCCAUGCCCUCCCCACACCCCUCCCGACACAGCAAACCUUCUGGCCGGACCAGAGCCACACCUCCCUCAGAUACCGAAAGCACAGAUGUCGAGGCAGAAAAACACAAAGCAAAGGAGAUGUUGUCCAAUGUGUGCAAACCCUCAGUCAGUGGUUUAACGUUUCAUUCAGCAGUCCUUUCCUGGUGUCCCCCCAUCCCCCUCCCAGCCAGAGACCCCACUGGCGCAGACAAACACACUCACACGCACACACCUCCUCUGCUCUGCUACGAGCUGGCCUUGUCGCAGAACGGCACCGAUGGGGACUACAGGCCAGUCUAUCAAGGAAAUGACACUACAUUCACAUUAGGAGACCUCAAGCCAGCUACUCACUACUAUGCCAGGGUGUGUGUGGCUUGUCGCUCCAUCAAGGGCUCUCCGUCAGAGGCAGUGACGUUCACGACUCUAUGCGCCCCACCAGACACCCCCCCACCCCCCCGGGUCCUCCUCCGGACCAAGAGCUCUGUGGGGCUGCAGUGGAAGGCCCCCAAUGACAAUGGCGCAAAAAUCACUGCCUACCUUCUGGAAUGCUGUGAGGAGAAGCAGAACUCUUUUAAGGAGGUGUACUGCGGCCCCUCCAAGCAGUACAAGGUGGUCCGGCUCACCCCCGCCACCAGAUACGGCUUUAGAGUCGCCGCCAAGAACAUCACAGGGAUCAGUGCCUUCAGUGAGGUGCUGUCCUGCUGCACGGUGGGCUGCGCCCCUUCCGCCCCGUCGGCCCCUGCCCUGAGUGCCGUGGGCGUGCGCUGGGUCAGCCUGCACUGGAGCGCCCCCUGUGGGCUGGUGGGCAGAGACCCGCUCACCUACACACUCGAGAUGGAGGAGCCAGAGGGGUUUCAGCCCAAAUAUACUGGAGAGGAGAUGUGCUAUACGGUUAACAGCCUGGAGAGGAGCACAUCCUACAGGUUUAGGUUGUUAGCUGCCAAUGCUGAUGGUUGUAGUCAGCCCAGUGCAGUGGUGGAGUACAGCACCGGUGCAGACGCCCCCACCAGACCAGGAACACCACAGCUACACACACCGCCCCAGCCACACAGAAUACACACCAUCUGGGAUGCCCCAGAGGAUUAUGGAGGAUCUCCCAUAAUGCACUAUAUUUUGGAACUCAGUCAUACAGAUGAUCAGUGGGAGGUAGUAUACACUGGACCUCAGCAGGAACAUGUAUGUGAUGGUUUGGAGCCAGGAACUUCGUAUAAACUCAGAGUGUACUGCCAGAACCAAGGAGGACAGAGCCAGGUGUCUGAGUGCCUGUCAGUACAGACUGCCCCAGUGCAUCCUGGGCCAUGCCGAGCUUUGUCUGUGUCUGGAGAUGCAUCACCCUCAGAGAUCACACUCAGCUGGGAGGCACCAGAGUGUAAUAGCGGUUUGGAUGUGUGUGCGUAUGCUGUGGAGAUGGCCGACUCAGUGGAUGCAACACACAUACACGUGUACGAGGGCCCUGAUCGGAGCUGCGUUGUCAGAUCCCUGCUACCCGCUACAGGCUACUGUUUCUGGGCCAGAGCUGCCAACCAGGCAGGGUGGGGUCCUUGGUCAGACAUGUUCGAGGCCUCCACAGCUGCUGGACCCCCACAGCCAUGUGGUCCCCCAGUCCUGACCGUCAGGAGUCCCACAUGCGUCAACGUCAGCUGGGAGGUACCACCGUGUAACGGGUCGAAGGUCUAUGAGUUUCGGCUGGAGUGGGGGUUGCUGGGCGGGUCCCUUCAGGUGAUCUACCAUGGCCCCUCGGCCUGCUGGGAGAUGACAGAACUGACCCCUGCGUCAGAGUACUGCUGCAGGGUGCAGGCUGUCAGUGAGGCUGGGGAAGGGCCCUUUGGGGAAAUCACCGUGAUAACGACUCCCCCUUCAGUGCCGGCAACAGUGGAGUGUGUUGAAGAGGUUUCUGCCGAGUCUGUGAGUGACAGCACAGCCGGCGCCUCCCCCUCACGGCUCGCUCUAAGGUGGAAGGAGCCCUGUUGCCAUGGUGCGGAGAUCACAGGAUACAACAUUGAUCUGGGAGAACAGCUCCCCCUCUCUGUAGGGAGGAUCAAUCACCACAUGCUGGAGAACCUGCAGCCUAAUACCACAUACAGGGUCAGAGUUCGGGCUCUGAACAGCAUUGGAGCUGGACCUUACAGCUGCCCACUGAGGGUCCGUACUCCCCCUCUGCCCCCUGACCCCCCCUCGCUGGAGUGCACCGUCUGCAGCCCCCACACUCUGAAGCUACGCUGGGGAGAGGGGCCCACACGCACCCCCACACCCAGGGGUACACACUACUGCCUGCACAUGCAGACAGGCGGGGACAGGUUGGUGUGUGUGUACAGCGGUUCGAGCCACUCGUUUAAGCUGCAGCGUCUCGGUGAAGCCACCGAGUACCAGUUCAGCAUCCAGGCAGUGAGCUCAGCUGGCCGGGGGCCCCUUUCCCCCCUCUACAGCUUCAGCACCACCCGCUCACCCCCACCUCAGCUGAAAGCUCCAAAGAUUGAACCAGUCCAGUGGAACAUGUACUCCGUCACCUGGGAGACCCUCCAGCCAAUGAAAGGAGACCCUAUGCUGUACACACUCCAACUGAUGCGGGGGAAGGAAGUGGAGCGGCUCUACCGUGGGGCUGCCACCUCUUACACCUGGCAGGGUGUGCCCACGGGCGCCGACUGGCGCGUGCGUGUGUGUGCUGGGCGACGCAGGCCAGAGGGAGGUGAGCUGUGGGGGCCAUACAGCCCCGGCACAGCCCUGCCCGCCCUCCCUGAUGCCAACCGGGACGCCAAAUCAGUGGCAAAUGCCAGCAGCAGCGGUGGGCAGUGUCACCGAAGGUGGAAGCUCACAGACGAGCACUUCGCCUUGCUGGUGUUGGUGGCAUUUGGUGUCGUGGCAAUCCUGUUUGCCGUGCUCAUUCAGUAUCUGUUCCUGUGUAAGGACUGAGGAAGAGAGAGAAUUAGAAAAAGUUGAAGAAAAAGAAGAAGAAACAGAUGUAGAGAGAGAAAGAGAAAGACAGCAAGAGAGAUGAAGAAAAGAAAGCAGGAGCAGGUCUCUCAGCACAUUCUGUAACUGGCACACAGUGAGCUCAUUUCAUUUCCCAGUAUAUUAUUAUUAUUAUUAAUAUUAUUAUUAUGUUUAUUAUUAUUAUUAUUAUUAUUAUUAUUUUAUUAUUAUUAUUAUUAUUAUUAUCACUACUACUACUACUUCAUAUGAGACCAUAUUUAGUUGACAUAAGAAGGUACUUUUUAAUUUUAUGCCAUGACCAAUGCAAACUGUGACGAUAGAUGUUUAGACUUAACGUCUUACCCAUCUGUCUUCCCAAGAGAAAAGCUUCGGCCAGUGUGUCUGUGUUUCUGUGUGAGAAGCCAGUGGGGCUGUAUCUCUGAACAGCUCUACAUGAUCUGGCUCAUGAUUUCUAGAUGUUUCUGUAUGUCCAUGGCAAAUGGCAAAACUGGACAAGGGUAGUCGUUCUGUUAGCUUUGGCACCCACAUUCUUUUAAUCUCCUUGAAUGCUAACGCUACAUAGAUACAAUUUUAUACUUUUUUAAAAUACUACUCAUACACUGAUGUGUCUUUGGGAGCUCCUGCAAUGUCCAUAAUUGAAGCCUGGGAAAAAAUGUGGGCUGUUCCACAGGAUAUAUGUCAGGAACCGAGAUUCAUCUUGUUCUCUUUAAACUGUUAUGACGGCAGUUCAAAGCGAGAUGGUGCCAAAGCUUUCAAUAAAUAUGCUCAACGUGCUGUUUUUGCAAACUCUCCCCCGUUAAGGUGGACAGAGAGUGUCAUACUUUUACAGAUUAUUUUAUCUAGCAGGUAUAUUUUAACAUCAGCAACGCCAAGAGAAACACAAGUACGUAUUCUCUGAUGUUGGGAGAGUUUAAUAUGUUUGGUUCUGCUAUCAUACACGUACACAUAUACAUACAUUCUAGUUAUGUUUUAUGUACACCUAGAUAAAGCAGUACUCUCAAGAUAUAUGAAGUAUGCAUUUGUUAUAAAUGUAUUUCUAUUUGGCUCAAACUGAGCGCCAUAGUCUUUUCCUGGCUUUAGUCGACCAUUGAUACGUAUGUAUGUGUGGUGUUGGGAGGUUUAUUGUGAGACAGUAAGCUGCAAGUUGAACUUACAAAUCUUUAACCAGGACUAAUUUACCUAAUGUUACCAUGAACCCUUAUUAAAACUGUUAGUGGUUGUGGUGACAGGUUGGACAACUGUUAUAAAAUCAUGUAAAUGUCAGCUAAGCAAUUCGAGCUACCUAGUUUGGCUAAAUACUAAUGUAUUUCAAUCUGCCAAACCAAUUUAAUUCUGAGUUUCUAUGCCAUUGUUGCUCUAUGUCAUGGUUUCUGGCUUCAGUAUGAACCAGAGGGCAGUGGGAAUGGUGGACACAGUCACAAAAGUAGCGACGCUUUGACAGUUCAGAGGUCAAGGCCAGGGCCAAAUCUAAGCCCGGGAAAUGCCUCUUAUCUCUGGGAUUUGGAGGGAGGCCUAGUCUUCACAUUGUAGCACGUACAUACAUUUGGCAAAGUCCAUAUUUUCCCAGGGAGGUUUUUAUUUUUUUUAUUUUUAAAAGAAACAUGGUGCCUUUUGAACUUAUUGUGAUCUUCCUCCCUCGUUUGCUGGUCAUCAAAACAAAAAGCAGAAGCUAUCUGGCUCUACCAAGUCCCCACCAUCCGUUCUCCCCUUUGAGGAUUCUAUUCCAGAAACCAAAAUUGUAGGAUCUCCCAUGGAAUAAUUAAGUAUGUUUGUUUAUUACUUACUAAGACAAACAUCUGGGAAAUAGCCACUUAUUCUAAUCUGUCUUGUGUGGACUGUCCAUGACCUCUGCUUCUGUUUCUCUGUGCUGUCCUGGUGAGCCCUAUGCUCUGUAGUCUAUUUGGUACACCCUUAGAAAGGAAUAGGGUUCCUGUCAGCCAUGUUAUCAUUGUGGGAAACUUUGAAUGCUGCACAGUGACCUCAACAAUCGGAUGUGCCUGAACACCAAAACACCUCUUCUACAAGUACAAAAUGGGGUUUAACUACAAAUCACUUUCUGCUCAUAGAUUAGCAUUGAGCUAUAAUGGACGGUUAUGUGUCCUGGUUGAAUUAAAACUAUGGUCCAUAGCAUUUGACUCCCAUCUGUGGCAUAUAGCUCUGUUGAUUUGGAAAUCUUAGAGGAGACGUUUAUGCUGCCCUCACUCACCUGCCUUUCAAAUGGUUAUAUACUGUUUUAUUUCAAACUUGCCUUUUUUUUUCAUAGGUGUAGCACUCUCCCUUAUCUGAGAGAUGUGUUUCCAUUGGUAACACAACUUGUUAAAUUACUUUUAGAGGUAAAUAACAUCUCGUUAACCUGCUGCUUACUCCAUAUCUUUAAACAUUUGAUUUCUGUGCAGCAGAUGUUUGAUAGAUGAUACAAAAUCCCUGUUCCCACAUACACUGUGAAUGACUGUUAUAAUCCAAAUUCAAAACUUGAGUUAACAGAACAUAUAUCAUGGUACACUUCUCAAGUACAACAAAAGGUAAUAAAGUCUUAAAACUGCCAUUGCUUGAUAUACAGUACAUAUCUUGCAAAAUGCUUGACCGGAGUCGUUGACUAAAAUGACACUACCAUUUGCUCCAUUAGUUACAUUGUCAAGGACUUUAUUACCUUUUGUCAGACAUAAACAACACUGUUAAUAAGGAUUCUCUGUGUGUCCAAAUGUAAUGACACUGGCUCAACUACAGGCUAACAAGUAUCGCCCAGGAACUCUCCAGGGAUGUCAUGUGGGGUUGUGUGUCACGCUAUCAUGCUGUAACUCGUACCUUAUCUGUAUUGCCCAACAAGAAGCUGAGCGAGCCUUUACGAAAACUUGAGUCAAGUUUACGCUUACUGUUUUUCAAGGACAACAGCCAUACCACAUUGCAAUCAGUUCGAAAUGUAUGUCUCAUACCCCUCUCUAAGCUUACCAACGAUUAUUGCUGCUACUACUCCUUCUGCUGCUCUUGUUACCUGUAUCAGUUUAGUGAGAGAAAAAAUACAUUUUAACAGAUUUAUAUGAAAUUAUUAUUAUUUUUCCUUAGUGGUAAAUGACUUGUGACGUAUGUAGGGUUAUCACCUUUAGACCCUGUCCUCCUCGACUGAAGUUUGCUUGGUCUUUUUUUACGAAGCUGCUGGAGCUCUUGUUUGUAUGUGUGUGUGCUCGUUUCCACUCAACCUCGAAUUGGCUUCGGUUUGAAAGUGGGGGGUUUUCUCAGGCCAAUAAGUUAAUAAAAUCACUUUAUAUAGCGGUAUUCUGCAUUGGAUCAUCUGAAAACAAACUCAUUAAUCGGUCCUGUGGUCUCAUGGUUUCGCACACGGUUCUGUCUGACCACAGAAUUGGAUUGCGCUCUUGCGCUCAAUGACUUGGGUCCACUGAUCUUGAGUAAAACAUUCUCAAAGUUUCUGACAGAUAGUCCUUGUCUGAUUUGAACCUUUACUCACAUAUACAAAUUAUUGUAUACUUUUCAUGUAUUUUUCAAUUUAUUAUUUUAUCAAAAGGGUUGCACAAAAAGGGCUUUCACUGAAUCAUGGGAAUUGCUCCAAUGAAUAGGGGAAAAAGGCAAAAGAAUCUUCACACUUACCCUCUCAUCCCACGUGCCAGUAUUUUCAGACCACACAAACUGAGUUUUACAGCAUAUUCUCUUUAUUUUGAUACUGAAAUGUAUUUUUUAUUUUAAAUACAAAUGUAAUACAUUCCAAAAAAUAUUUAUCUACAUCAUUGGUCAUUAUUUCUAGUACAGAUCUCACUGUUUAUGUUAUCUGUUUUGUUCUAUUGCUAAACACAAGAAAAAGAUAAACUGCCAUGUAUUAUUGUCAUAACUAAAUUGUAACAAUCAUAGAUAAUAUAUUUAAUAUGGCAAAUAAAUUAUAGUCCUUAUAUGAAAUG